UUUUCAUUUGAUUCGUUGAGGUUUUCGAUUAUUGGAGUUGUUGAGUGUUUUGAAAUGGAGAAUGGAGAGAACAUUCUGGACGCGAUUCUCGAAGAGGAAAUUUUGAACGAUGUUGAAAUGGUCGACGUUGAAGAAGGGGAAUUAGUGGAACAGGAGCAGAAACAGGAACAAGAUGAUUCACGAAACGUUUCUGGACAAAACGUUGUCGUGGAAGCUGAUAACACGAAACCGCAGAGUAAGAACCGAAGGCGUAAAAACAAGAGAAACAGAAGAAAGGGUUCAGGAAUAAACGGUGCCGUUGAUAUUAACAGGUUUGUGAUAGAUGUAUGUCGGCGGCUGAAAGAGAAAAAGUCAUACAUGGUAUAUACAGCUGUUGCUUGCCUUGGAGUUUCUUCAUUAAGUGAUCUCAUCAAUGAGGUGGAUGCUAUACAGUCCUGUGGAGGACAGAAGACUGUUGAUGGUAGCCGAUUUCGGACAAGGGGUGGGGUAUUGUGGAGCAUCAUUAAGGUUCGAGAACCAAAUGCUUACAAAGAGAUCAUGAAAAAAGCAAAGGAGUUUGAGAAGCAGUUCAGGCAGCCAAAUGUUAACAGGCCACCUCUGCAAAGGAAAGAGAAUUCUUCUUUAGGGGAGGCCUCUACAUUUGGUAGCAGGCCUCAGGGUAAUGUUUCUGAGAAACCCUUUUCUGCAUUACAAAGGCAAAAUCAACCUGAACCAUCAGGAGAAGCGAAACGUAGCUCUGUUCAUGACAGAUUAAGGAUACCUGUUUCUUAUGAUGAUGACUUGCUCGAACUAAGCACGGAUAACAACCCAACCUGACUCUGGAUGAAAAGGGACCUUCAUACUGUGACUCUUUUUUCAAUCCUUUAUCAAAAUUUACAUCUCUUUCUCAUUCUCACCCAUUACUGCUCUCUUUUUGCCUUUCAUCCCGAUUUUGGUCUGUGAAACAAGUUCACACAGAUGGGGCAGUAUUUUGCAUUUGGAUUUUACUGGGAAGGAUUUUUCUUGUAAUGAGACGAGAGGGUAUUUACUAUAUAGCAUAAGAUUUUUUAUGCACUUGAAAUGGAUGGGAACUAUUGUGAAGAGUUUCGCUAGUCUUGGACAAAUACACUACAUAUUUAUCCUUCAGUUAUGAAUUAGUCGGU